AUGCUAGUGCUACGAGAGUCAGACGUGGCGCCGAUGUUGCAGGAGCUGACGCUGGAGCAGUGUCACCGGCUGCUACAGGCCCUCUGGCGUAGUCUGGCGGCGUACUCGACCAGUGGGAGCAGCAGCAGCAGCAACACCAUCCAUCAGCCAAUGCGAGAGCAGAUCAGGACCGAUGAGGGCAGCACGACGCUGUUCAUGCCAGCGUCCGACACGAAGACGACGACGGGAGUCAAGGUGGUCACUCUGCCCGGCGGUGGAGGCCCUCCCGCGGGAGCCAUAGCCCUCUUCUGCCCCCAUAGCGGCCAGCUCGAGGGCGUCCUCAACGCCGAGAUGAUCACCGCGUUUCGCACCGCCCUCGCUACCAUGAUCCCGUUUCAUCUCUACCAGCUUCCCCAGACUUCUUCUGAUGAAGAUGACACCGUCAAUUCUGGGCCUGGGGGGAACCGGCUGGUCGUCUUUGGGGCCGGCAAGCAGGCCGAGUGGCACGUCCGUCUGGCCCUGCUGCUCGCCCCCAGCCUCACCACUGUCACCGUGUUCAACAGGGGUCGUGCGGGCCUCGACAGGCUGCGUGCCAGCCUGGCUGACUUGUUUGCUACCCGUCCAGCCGUUUCUUUUGUCUACAUCUCUAGAGAGGAAGAAGCAACACAAAAGUACAAAGACCGGCUGCGUGCUGCCGUGUCAGAAGCCGAUGCCAUCUUCUGCUGCACCCCGUCUACCGAGCCGCUCUUUCCUCACUCUUAUCUACAAGAUGGAGCCAAAGAAAAAGAAGAAACGGGAAGACGGAGAAGACAGUUCAUCUCACUGAUAGGUUCGUACCGCCCGCACAUGCAUGAAGUCGACACAGACACGUUGCUCUCGGGCCAGACGCUCCUCGUCGACUCCAAGCAAGCCUGUCUUGCAGAGGCGGGCGAGCUCAUCUCUGCCAGGGUACGAGUCGACCAGCUUACUGAGAUUGGUCAGCUCUUCCCUUCUUCUUCUUCUUCUCCUUCUUCUCUCUUUUCUUCUUCCUCCGUUGUGUUCAAGUGCGUGGGCAUGGGUAUCAUGGAUCUCGCGGUUGGGAGGGAGCUACUCUGCCUUGCCAGUGAACGGGGAUUGGGCGUCCCCAUCCAAGACUUCUGA